GGACCCCCCGGGCUCCUGGUGCCUGGCAUCGCUGGUGGUAGAGGCGAAACGAAGAGCUGGCAGGCGAGCUGCCCUCUCGCCAGCUGAAAAGAGCAUCCUGGCAGGGAUUGGUGUGGGAUGCCGGGUACUGCCUCCAUCCCUGCUUUGCCUGAUGUUGGACAUGUCUAGUGAACCUAGAGGACUCCCCUGUGCCGCCCAGAGCCCUCCUGGCCAAACUUUACUCCCCGAAACCUGGCAACAAUCCCUGCCCAGCCCAGGCAAAGGGAGGGCAACUCCAGGAUCAGAGGUUCAUGCCAGGGACUUAUUUCUGUAUGAUGAGACCAGGCUUGCUGCCACAGGGAAGGAGAUUGCAGCAAGUCCUGGCUCCAUCACCUUCGUGGGGCUCUACCUUGUGUUCGGCUACGGCGCCUCGCUGCUCUGCAACCUCAUCGGCUUUGCCUCCCCCGCCUAUGUCUCCAUCAAAGCCAUCGAGAGCUCCAGCAAGGAGGAUGACACCAAGUGGCUGACGUACUGGGUGGUGUACGGCGUCUUCAGCAUUGCCGAGUUCUUCUCCGACAUCUUCCUCUACUGGUUACCGUUUUACUACUUUGGCAAGUGCCUGUUCCUGCUCUGGUGCAUGGCUCCCGUGUCCUGGAACGGCUCGCAGAUGCUGUACCAGCGGGUCAUCCGGCCCUGCUUCAUGAAGUACCACCGGACCGUGGACAGUGUGAUCAGCGACCUGAGCGGCAGGGCCCUCGACGCAGCCUCCACCAUCACCACGGAAGUCCUCCGGACUCUGGUCCGCAGCAGAGCCCAGCUGAUGUCUGAGCCGGCGCCUCAGCCCCAGCUCAGCCUGUCUGUAUGUAACCCCAUGGUCCAUCCCUCUCCCCCAGCAAAGGGCCAGGCUGAAGGAAGCGAGGGCCCGUUGAGCAUGACUGCCUCCACCCCUGCUUCCUGGGACUCGAGUGCCUUUUCCUAGCGGUGUCCGGGUCGCAGCCCGGCGUCUCCUGCAUCGAAGCCUCCAAGUAGGUUCUUAGCAAAAGAUGCUCUGGGUUGUGGCGGGCCAGGCCCUGCACGACGGCAGAGAGCUCAGGGGCUGGUUGAGCUGUUGCAGAGCCGCUUUAGUGACUGGUUCAAAUCCAGCUGAAGGUCAGCGGUGACCGGGCUGUGGUCAGAUCCACCCACCCUACCUGGGGCUCAGCUUGGCAGCUCCUGCUGGGAUUAAGUGAGCUAUGGGGAGAAAGCCUUGAGGUCAGGG